CAAAAAUUGAGUGGCACGAAGUUUCUGGUCUCGUGUAGAAAAACGACGCGGGUGUCGAAAGUCCUGUUAAUAAUCGCUAUUGCUAAUACUGUUGACAGUCUUCAAAAUGAUCGGCAAUAAUAUACAUCUGGCGCCAGAAGAAUUCUCCGAUUCCUUCUUCGGGGAUUUCGGUGAUCGUACAAAAGAGUUUGAUCGAGUAAUGGAACAAUUUGAUAGACAGUUGGAUCCUAUACACACUUUAUCAAGAGGGUUGGACUACCAGGAUAGGAAACGGGAUUUGCAAAGACCAGCUAUUACAGAUGGACGAUACAGAGAAAAGGAGUCUGGUGCCGUACAGCCAUUUGGUACAUUUGAGGAUGGUUUUUCCACGAUGAGUCGCAUGAUGAAUGAUAUGGAUAUUAUUAACCCCACUGUGACCAGUAAUCAAUAUAUGAAAUCUAUGGUGGAUAUGUUCAACAAAAAUUUUGAGCAAUUGAAGCAUAAUCCUAAUGCUCGUACAUUCCGACAGUCGUCUGUAACCCAGUAUUCAAAGUGUUUCGAUAAAGAACCCCAGUUAUACCAAGCUAUAUCUUCCACUAAAACAGCACCUGGAGGAUUAAAAGAAACCAAAAAAGCAUUGCGUGACUCGGCUCUUGGUCUGGAAAAGGUGGCAGUGGGACAUCACAUUGAUGAUCGAGGUCAUAUAGUAGAACGAGCUCGAUAUCGAAACACCCGAGAAGAAAGAGAACAUCACAAUUAUGUCAAUUUAACAGAAGAUGAUGGACCAUCAUUUGAUUCAGAGUGGCAUUAUAAAACUCACAGAUAUCCCUCACGCAGAGCCAUUGGACGACCAGAAUAUGAUCAUACAAGCACAUAUCCCUCACAAAGGGCUAUCAAACAACCAGAAUAUGAUCGUACAAGCAUAUAUCCUUCACGUAGAGCCAUCGAACAACCAGAAUAUGAUCGUACAAACACAUAUCCCCCGCGCAGGGCCAACGAACGACCAGAAUAUGAUCGCACCAGAACAUAUCCUUCACAUAGAGCCAUUGAACAUCACAGCAAUGAUCGUACUAAAAACUAUCCAUCUCGCAGAGCCAAUGAUUGGACUAGAAUGUAUCAGUCACAAAAGGCCACUCAACGCCAUUGAAAUAACUGCGCAGUGAUGGAAAGAACUUGCAAAACAUUUACAGACUGUUUUGUGCAGUGACCCCUUCCUAAGUCGCAAAUAUCAAGAUCCAAGCAAAACAGACUUAUCGCAGACAGAAAAUAAACAAAUUAACUUUCACUUAGACAUGCUGCUCAGUUCAAAACUAUAGAUCAGAAUAGUGGAUUGUUCAGAUUGCAGUGAGUUUUAUAAGGCUUUAUCAAAACAGUACCUGAUAAGAUGUGUGAAGUCGCAAAACUUGAGCCGAGCCGCAGAUACCUUUUGUUUUUCAGUAAUUGACAGGGCAAUGAGUUUUAAAUGCAAUGAGAUCAACACAAAUUGAAAAACUCGAAUAUCAAUUGUCUCCAACUAAUACUUUAACAGCUAACUAGAUACAUAAAGCAACAGACCGUUAGCUAUUAUCUUUCAAAGCUAUUACUGAAAAAAGUUGUGUCCAAUUACUCACAACUUACUUAUGACCUAGCGAGGGGGGUCACUGUACUUCUAAAAUUCAGUCAAUACAGCAUUAAAUCGAGCAUUCAAGUGACGGCGCAUCUUUGACAUUUAUGGUGAAGGCAAAGUCCUUCACAUCAAUGACUGUGUUUAGUUAUGUAGAAUUGUGUCAUCUAGAAUAUAGUAAAAUCUCCCAAAACAUAAUCUUCAUUGAUUGACUACUACAGAACAAAACGAUAUCAAUGAUUUGAACGCCAUUUCUGUCAUCCAUUUAUGUCACUGAUUGUACUUAUCAUUAGAGGGCAUAAUUGAUAGUUUUAAUGUUAAACAAGAGUUCAUAUAGUUACGUAUGUAAUGUAGUGACAAGAUAAUGAUAGCUAUGUAAUUCCAUACAUAUGAAUUGUGUCCGAUGUGUGUGUGUGUGUGGGCGACCACUUGAUUUACGUGGCAUAUAACCAUGUAGUAUUGUGGGUAUGUCAUCACAGCUGAAAAAGAGGUUCAUAAU